CCCCUCUCUCUUGAGUCAGGGGGGAGUAAAGUGGGCUGUGGGAAUGUUCACUCGAAGACGCGCCCACAAGCUCAUUUUGUCACGUCGCUCUUGAGCUUCUGCUGAGAUCCCCAAAACCUGAGACGAGCCGCAGUUGGCGCAGUUGGCGCGGAGACAUCAUCUGACAUGGUUCUACAAAAGAUCUUCCGCGCCGUCAUCAUGGGACCUCCAGGGUCAGGCAAGGGGACGGUGUCUGCGCGCAUCACCAAAGGGUUUGGACUGAAGCAUCUGUCUAGUGGAGACAUCCUCAGAUCAAACAUCAACUCUAAAACCGAGCUGGGCCUGCUGGUGAAGUCGUGCCUCGACCAGGGCCGACUGGUGCCUGACAACAUGAUGUCUCGUCUCAUCCUGAGUGAGCUGCGGUGUAUGGACCAGAACAGCUGGCUGCUGGACGGUUUCCCCCGCACAGUUGCUCAGGCCGAAGCUCUGGAUGACGCCUUCACCAUUGACACAGUCAUCAACCUUAAUGUGCCCUUCCUCACCAUUCAACAGAGACUGACCUCCCGCUGGACCCACCUUCCCAGCGGCAGAGUCUAUAACACGGACUUCAACCCUCCCAAAGUUCCUGGGCGGGAUGAUGUGACGGGGGAACCGUUGGUCCAGCGAGACGAUGACACGCCAGAGACGGUCUCACGGAGACUCAAGUCAUAUGAAACCCAGACAGAACCGGUUUUGGAGUACUACAGGAGUAAUGGUGUAUUGGAGACUUUUACUGGAACAGAAACCAACAAGAUCUGGCCACAUGUUGAGGCCUUCCUCCACAAAAAACUUGCCACAGCUCAAAAAAGCGUUGUAUAGUAAAACAAAGCGUACUACAAAUUAAGUCGUCAUUUGUGAGUAACAGGGAUACUUCAUACUGACAGAUAAAAUUGAUGCCAUUCCAUUAUUUAACCAGUGGAGUUUGCGUUGAGGGGAAAUCUCCACUUUUAACUUUUGCACUCCAGUGCCUUUCACAUUUGACCCCCGACACUGAAUGUAAAUACUAAACAUAGAGUAGGGAUAAAUAACAGGCUGACCACUGAUGUUUCAUUUUUUAUUCGUACGAGUUACAAUGCCGCUCAUUCAAAUUUUGUGCAUAAAGGGAUAUCAGAGAGAAGCGUUUAAGUGCCUGAGACACACCAGCCUAUUUCAAAAUGAAUCUUUUACACAACCUUAAUCAUUGUUCAGCUGUUGUGUAUUUAUUGAUGAAAAUAAACCUUGAUUUACACUGAUCAUUUUUGGUGUUUAUCUUGUCUGUUAAUAUUGAUGAAGGUGCUUACAUAUCGUCACUUGUUCAUUAGCUCAUAGCAUAGGCAGCACAGCAUCAUCAAGGUCAAGAGCCCAUUUCUUAAACUGGCUACCGUCAACACUGCAAUACAUGUGCCAGCACAUUUAACUAAAUAAGACAACACAAAGUGGUCAGCUUUCUCACCACUUCUCAGCAUGUUUACUCAACAUGUUUACCUGUGCUACACUUAGUUCAGUGAACAGACUCUCAUAU